AUGCGUCUCCGAGCGCUCGAGGGCCGAGUCGGUCGCGCAUCCGACAACGCGACGCCGCUCGUGACCCGUGUCGCGGCGCUGACGACCGCGCUCGAGGACGCCGUUGCGGGAGUGCCCGCGCUGAAGCAGUUCUACGACAAUUACGACCGAUACGCUCCGCUGCUGUCGACGCAAGCUGAGGAUCUGCUUGAGACGGAGGACCGCGUACGGCCGGCGGACCUUCUUCCGCUCGAGAGCAAAGCGCAGCUCGUCAUUUCCGCCGCGCCGGACCUGAUCGAGGCGGAGAAGGGACUGCGCGAGAUCGACAUCCUGGACAAGCGCGGUGUCGCAGGCGCUGGCGACUUGGAGCAGAUCACAACACUCGCUCCCGCGCUCGAGAAGGGCCAGGCGGAGCUGAAAGUGCGUCGCGAGCGUUUGGCGCGUGAGCGCGCUGCUGUCUCCGGGCUCGUCGCGCGGUAUAAUGAAUUUACAGAGACCGUCUCUGAGCUCUUCCUCCAACUGCACCAGGACGUUACAAGGCUCGAGGAGGGUGUUGCGCGUGCCGAGCGGGCAAAGAGGAAGGAGGAGGCCGAGAGGUAUUAA